UCAGUCACCCUCUGACCGUCCCAGUUGUGGUGUGUCGCUCCUCCCGCGGACCCUACACGUGGUGGUGCCCUGACUUGGUCCCCGCUACACUCAGCCGGCCUGGUGUUGCGAUUGACCAGUCACUGACUAGACUUUGCAUUUUGGUGUCGCGCUUCUGCUGGACAAGUACUCUCAUCAUGGCUAGCGUGCAACUCAUCACCUACUGCCUUGCCCUCCUGCUGAUCUGCCCUGAUUCCAUGGGCGUCACCUGGAAUUGGGAGCAGUGGUGGACCUAUGAUGGCAUUUCAGGACCCGACUUCUGGGGGCUUAUCAAUCCGGACUGGAGUCUGUGCAGCAAAGGCCGUCGUCAGUCCCCAAUAGACGUGGACCCUGCCCGCCUCCUGUACGACCCCAACCUCCGCAUCCUGCAUAUCGACAAGCAUAAGGUGUCUGGUUACCUGGAGAACACUGGACAUAGCGUUGUACUCACCCUGGACGGCGGCAAGACCCCUGUAAACGUGACUGGCGGGCCGCUCUCCUACAGGUACCAGCUGACGGAGGCUCACCUGCGCUACGGCAUUGUAGACCUGCUGGGCUCCGAACACACCAUCAACGGCAGGGCUUUUCCGGCCGAGCUCCAGCUCUUUGGUUUCAACUCUCAGCUCUACGCCAAUUUCUCGCAAGCUCUGGACAAGGCUUACGGCAUUGUGGGCAUCUCCAUCCUCCUUCAGAUCGGCGAAAGGUCCAACCCCGCACUGAGCCAGCUGACCGCAGGCGUCAACCAGAUCAAAUAUGUUGGUGACAAGUACAGCGUGCGUCACCUGAGCGUGCAUGACCUCCUACCCAGCACUACCUACUACAUGACGUACGAGGGGUCCACCACCAUGCCAGCCUGCCACGAGACCGUCACGUGGGUCAUCUCUAACAAGCCAAUCUACAUCACCAAGCAGCAGUUGCACGGCCUGAGACAGUUGCACCAAGGCACGGACCCCAAACAGGCUGGUGCUCCCCUCGCCAACAACUUCAGGCCGCCACAGAAACUUCACCACCGUCCAGUCCGCACUAACAUUGACUUCACCAACGCGGGAGGAAACUGCCCCACAAUGCACCGCGAGGCGUACUACAAAGCUCACAACUUUACUGUCGAGCACCGGACUCCGCUGACCAGCCAACACCUGGACGCAGAGUUAGCUCGAUUCCUCUGCACACGAAGUGAGAACCAUUAAAUACUCAGCACCAGAGGACGCCGCUCCAGUACCAUAAGCCCGCACACCACCUGCACCACAUCACAAGCACCUCCAUCUCUCGCCGCCCGUUAAGUGCCACGCCCCCCACCGCGUCCCGUGAAGAAUGUCCACGUAUCCUUUGUGAGAGUGACCCGCACCUGGACGUCUGGAGGAGGAAGAUUGCCGAGCGAGAGGCGGUGAGGAAGGAAAACACGGGAAUGUGGCGAAAAAAGUGUUUGAUAACGUGCAUGUGAAGUGAAGUGCAUGAAUGCCGUGCACUCAGAAAUAGAAGUGGUGGUGGCGGUGUUGGUGGUGGUAGUGGUAGUGGUGGCAUGUUGGUGUCGUGAAGCAUGAGGCAGUGGCGUGUCGGCGCUGUGAGUUGUGACGUAAUGGUGCGUUGGUGCUGUGAACUCAAGAGGCCUCUCGAGACCCACUAGAAUUUUACCGUCUCGCGCUCUGCUUUCUUGCUGCACUUUAAGAAUCGGUUUUCUCUUCGCAAUUCGACUCCUUCUCUCUCCGCCUCGCAAGUGUCUGCUGCUUGGGGGCGUCCCUCAAGGUGUCCAGCGGCCCCCAGGGAGUCUAGGCGUCAGCGGAAUGGGACUAAGAAGAAAAAGAACAAGAUCCAGCCAUGUCGCCGCUGCCUCGCCACGGAAGACGCUCCUGUCGCCACGUCAUGUAGUGAACGGCCGACACGUGACUUCAAAAGGUCGGACGGUCAUCGCACACUCACUACAGUACUGGUGACGCCAUGAGUACUGACUGACGUAAGUGGUUGUGACGUCAGUGGUGCGAGAUUGCCUAGCGCAUCUCCGUCGACGACUGAAAAGAUACGUACACACGUGAACACGAUCUUCAGUGAAAUUAUUAAAAUCAACAGGAAACUAACAAAAAAGAACUUCCUGAAUAAAGAGAGUAAAAAAUAAUAAUAAGAGAUCCAGUGUAUAUAAGCUGUAACUAAGUAUGAAAGAUAAUACAAGAGAGAGAGAGAGAGAGAGAGAGAGAGAGAGAGAGAGAGAGAGAGAGAGAGAGAGAGAGAGAGAGAGAGAGAGAGAGAGAGAGAGAGAGAGAUUAUAUAUAUAUGACUUUUAUAAAACUGCCGACAUAAUGUAUAGUGUUUACGUGUGACUCUGUGAGGGUAACGAGGAGCAUGCAGUGAACAUGUUUUGUAUGUGAAGAGAGCGUGAGGUGGCAGACUCGGAUGGCGAUCGAGUGACUGACUGACUGGAUGGCUGGCUGUUCGUAAACCACUUGAUGUGUAAGUUAAUUUGUGUUCUGCUGAUUUUUUUAUGCUGAGAAAAGCUACUACUGCUCUGUGUGUGUGUGUGUGUGUGUGUGUGUGUGUGUGUGUGUGUGUGUGUGUGUGAACAGCAUCGCUGGGCUGGUCCCGCGGUGCCCUCACCAUAGCGUCUUAUAUAGCGUAUAGCGAAGUGCGUUGUGUUUGCGUUGGCGGGGCAGCGUGGAGACCUUAGUGGAGUCCUGCAAAUGAGAAGGAAAGUAAGGAGAAAAGAAAAAGAAAGGAAAGAUAAGACUACGGAAAAAUUGGAGAAAUAAAAG